UAGACGCAGGUAGGUACUAGAGAUUCCUAUAUAAAAGGAAGAUAAGCCGGGCAUUCCUUUAUUAUUCCAACCAGAGGCAUCUGUAAUCUGGCGAAGUUUGUUUAGGAGAUAGCAAAUUCCAUUAAUGCGAUAUUAACUAGUUAGGUAUUUCGUAUAGCACUUCAUAAAUACAAAUUUACUUCAUGACAAAUCAAUCGACUUUGCGUCUUAUGGCUAUUGAACGUUUAAUUCAAUCUUAAAUCCUACUUCAAAGAAGCAUUAGAAAGUACAAGUAAAAUUGCAAUUAUUUUAGCAGGCUCACGUACGGCGAAAGAUCACGUAUCCUAUCACAGGAAAAUGCUGAGAGCUGACUAAGCGGUAUUAGCACGCAUUCGAGAAUAGCCAUUUGGGUGCUACCUUUGAUGGUAUAAAACCCUUAUCUCCUGAACUAAGGCUGGUAGUCUUCCGGCACAUAGCUAGUUAUAUGGAUCAAAAGGACCGUUGCAUUUGAAACUCGUAGUUGUUACUGUAACCUCACAGGGUCAUUCACUCCACCAUGGGCGGUUUACGGAAGUAUUUUCUGCUAUUGGCGCUGCUGUCCCUCGCUCUAGCGGCCGAGGGUCGGAGUAAACGGGAGGACGCCGACAGCCAAGAAAAUGAGGACAUCGACAUCGGAGCCGCGGACGAAGAGGAAAUGAACUGCCAAUGCGGAGUGUUCAUGUCUCAACAAGUGGGCAUCGUGGGCAACCGGCGUGGGAGGCCCCGCGGGCCGCCGCAGGGGGACCCCGUGGUCACCUACGACACGGAGACCGAGUGGUCUUGCGGCGCCGGCGCCACCAAGCAAUGCAUCAGCAAGUGUCUGGAUGUGAUCCUCAAGUACCUGGCUCGAGCUGGUCCGGUGAUCUGCGGCGCCGUGGACCGCGACGUGAACCGGGAGAACGCCUACCUCUUCGUCAAGAGCUGCGGCGCCGACUGGCUGGCCACCAACUUCUCCGCUGGCAAGGAGUUCUGUUGCCGCGACGGCGUCCACUACAAGUGCCCUAGGAAUUCACCCUUCUUGUGAUUUGAUUAGACCAUUUACGUGGUUGCUGAAACUGUAAGAAGCUAGAGUCUUAUUGUAUUAUGCACUAGGAAUUCAAACUUCUUAUGAUUCGCUGGUUUUGUAUUUUGUGAACGUUGCUGAAAACUGUGAAUAUAUUAUUAUAUUCCUUGGAGUAGGUUUGAUAAUGCAGGUUUAGAAUAAGUAGCGUAAGCCAUGACGUUUAUUACGCAAACAUCACAUAAGACUUGGUAGAUUAAAUUAGUUCCUAAUUUAUUAUUUAAGUAUAAGUACUUAACUAAGGAUUCCAACAUUAGGCACUCUAAGAUUGUAUUUUAAAGUAGUUCUAAGUAUAGACUUUGUGACGACUGGUUUUAUCUGUUUGGAAAGCAUAAAA